CUGGCCGCCGGCGGCCCCUGUGUCACUGCCGGGAGGCCUAGCCGCGAGGGUGUCUGUAGCUCGCAGCUGGCAGCCGGCAGCUCUUCCGGGGCUGUGGCCUCUCCUGGGACGUUGCAGGAGUGCGGCAACGGCCGAGGGGUCUGCAGUCCGCAUCCGGGUCACCGGGCGCUUCCGGCAGAGCGGCGGCGGGUCCCGGGCGGCAGCGCGGCCCGGCACGGAGCGAAGAGUUGCUAUUGCUGAAGAUUCUUAAUGCCAGAUACUCAACCUGCUGCUGAAUAACCAUGAGAGAGAGGAGGUAGCUGCCCAAGUGUGAGAUACAAACUGAUUUCAAUGGAUACAAAAUAUAAAGACGAUUUAUUUAGGAAGUAUGUACAGUUCCAUGAGUGCAAACUGAAUGCCUCUGACAACAAGCAGCACCCUAUUAACGAUGAGUAUCUGCGAGUGGCGGCAGCAGCCUUACUUUGCCUUCCCAAGAUCGAUCCCUUUUAUAGAUUCCGGCUGAUAAAGUUCUAUGAGAUGGCUGAAAGCUCGCUGAGAUCUGUGAAAUCCUCGAGUUUACAUUCUCUCCAUAACGCUUUCAACAUGCUCGAGACGAUUGGAAUUAACCUCUUUCUGUACCCCUGGAAAAAGGAGUUCAAGAAUAUUAAGACCUACACUGGACCCUUUGUUUAUUAUGUAAAGUCUGCUCUAACUGAAGAUGAUGUAAGGCAGAUUUUGAACUACAUGGGCUACGUCCAAGAACUGGGGACAAUGUAUAAGCUCAAAGAGCAGGUUGAUGCCAUUCAAGUGAAAAUGGUUUCGUUUGAACUCUUUUUGGCCAAAGUAGAAUGUGAGCAGCUUCUUGAAAUUCACCUGCAAGUGAAGGAGAAAGGUUAUUCGGAGAUUGAUGUCAUAAAUGAACGGAAGAACAGCAAUGAAGACGUUAGAGGCUGCUCAGAAGCCAUGAAGCGGCGUGCGGAGUGCAAGGAAAACUUAAACACUUCCAUGGCACGGAUGGUGCUCCAGAAAUCGGCGAGCGAGCGGGCUUCUAAGGAUUAUUUCAAGCCAAAGGUGAGCAAGGCUUCGAAAUCGGUGGACACGUAUGAUAACUACUGGGAAAGCAAGAAGCCCCCUUUGAUGAGCUCGCUGAGUCUCAGGAAGGAGCCGAUUUUAGUCGACGCGGAAGAUGACAUUAAAGAUGAAAUUAUCCGUCCGUCUCCCUCUCUGCUGACAAUGUCGAGCUCCCCACACGGGUGUUCAGAUGAAUAUUUGCCGACUUCAUCUCAUCACAACGGCAUGCUAAGAACAAACGUCCCUUACAGCUCCUAUUUUUCCGCUCAAGAGGACUUAGAUUUGUACCCGGAUCCCGAUGCUAGAAGCGCGUUGAAUUUUAAGAGACAAGACGCUAUAAAGCCUGAUGUGUGGCUGCUAAGAAACGAUGCCAACCCUGUUUACCACAAACGCACCCACCUAGCCAAAGAGACAGCUUCCCUCAAGUGCCAAAACUGUGGCGUACCUUGUGGCACUUCUGUUUGCCAAAAGUGUGACAAUCUCUUCAACUCCAGGCAGGAAUACCCAGCAGUCAAGCAGAGCACCUACUCGAUCAAGCCACUUCCAAAUGACGGCUUGUCUCCUGCCUCUGCUCUGAGGGAGAAAUCUCAGUACACAUCACAGACUCAGAGUCAAGAGAGAGCCGCUCAGUUCGGUUCGAAAUCCAAACCUUCAGGCACCUCGCGCUGCGGCUUCUGUAACCGGUCUGGAGCUGCCAACACCUGCACCUUUUGCUCCAAAGUCUCGUGUGACACUUGCCUCAAUGCUUAUUAUUAUGACCCCUGCUGUAGGAAAAGUGAGCUCCACAGGUUCAUGCCCAACACUCAGUUAAACUAUAAAUCAUCCCAGCUGUCCCAUGUCGUUUACAGAUAGACUUGGUUAGUCUGUUUUGAGGGGAAGGAAAGGGGGAGGGGAAAGGGCUAUCUUAACUGAUGUUCUGACUCCACUGAGAAAAUACACUGACCUCUUACCAAAAUGACGUGUCCAAAUGUUUGGAACCGUGGUUCAGUGCCAGUUCUUGAUUUUGUGGCUUCACAGAUGCUGCAGAUCCAUUAGGUUUCAUGCUGCUAUAAGUUAGGUAACUCCUAAGCGAUCAUUGCUUUUCCAUAGAAAUGGGGAGAAGAGCACACUUGUCUUUAAAACUUGGCAGCUGUUGUACUGUAGAAAAGUGGCAUCACACCUUUCUGCUACAUUGCAGUCAUCUCCUUGCCCAAAUACAAUCGUGCAAGGCUUGAAAGUAAAGCCUCCAAAUAGUAAGGGUCUCGUUUUCUGCGAGUGAUGAAACUACUGCCAGUUUGUGAUAAAAGUAUGACUUCAAAAUGUGCACAUAAUAUGUGAAUGGCUGCUUUGGCCAACAAGGACUAUUUUUGGUUGGUUUUUG